AUGGGAGGUUGUGUGAGCAGUCCUAAGGAUCUUGCCUUGAACGAAGGGGAAGCCCCAAUGGAGGUUCCCACCGCACCGGCGAACGUUGAUCAGGGCGAGACCCAAGUUGCUCAGGAGAAAGCUGAAGAAGUAGUUGAGCAGAAACAAGAGGUUGCAGAAGAGGCAGUGGAAGCCAAGCUAGAAGUGGCUGAGGUUGCCACUGAGACGCCUGAAGCAGAAAAGGAAGAUGUUAAAGUUGAGGAACCAGAGGCAGAGAAGAAAAGUGAAGAACCUCUUGUGACCCUGUAA